AUGGCCAUAUCUCCAGUGGCUGUCAGCGCAACGCUAGCAAAAGAUGAAGUUAAGCAGCAAAAAUCAAUCUACUAUGCCAUCCAUGUUCUGCUAAACGUAGAAAUAAGGUACCCAAAGAUUGAAAAGUUGGCCAUCGCACUUGUCGUAGCAACACACAAGCUCAAUCUGUACUUACAGGCACAUUCGGUGUCAGUGCUUAUAGAUCUACCUUUGAAGAAAUUUAUCCAUAAUCCAAGCACCUCAGGUCAAUCCAUGACCAACAAGGGAGGAGUCAAGUUCCUCAUUGUCUCUAUCUACUAUACAAAAUGGGUAGAAACGCGACUACUAGCGCGGAUUGCUGAGUUUAACGUGAAAAAAUUUAUGCGGGAUGAUGUCAUAUAUCGCUUCAGAGUGCCCAAAAUCCUUUUGUCAGACAACAAUAAACAGUUUGAUAAUCCUGCAUUUAGAAGAUUUUAUGAAACAACUCACGUCGAUUCUUGCAAUAGUUCUGUGGCCUACCCUCAAUCAAAUGGGCAAGCUGAAGCGAUAAAUCGAGCACUGCUGGAUGGAAUGAUGAAGCAAUUGGACAAAGAGAAAGCACAAUGGGCGGAAGAGUUACUGAGCAUGUUGUGGUCAUACAGGACCUUAGCUCGACACCAAUAG